UGUCGCCUGUCAAACGUUUGCUAGCUGGCUAACUAUAGAUGCACCGUCAAUGCUGUCAUUCAUCAGGACCGCUUGGUAGUACUGACCAUAAUGGAGCUUGUAUGGGAGGACCUUCCAGUCCCUGAGGCUCCUUUCUUUACCAAAGAUGUCUAUGACAAAUAUUCACUCGCACCUAAUAUCAGAGAACUAUGGACCUUUCUUCAAAGUCCAGUAGAUGACAAUAAGCAGGGCGUUGGGUCCGCCAACACCGCCUGCUCUCCUUCCACAAAAGAAACAGCGGAGUUAAAAGACAACAGUUGCAUCAGAAAGGAGUCCUGUUGGGACAGCUCUGAUAUUGAUGAUGCUGCUGGAGGUGCAGAAGAAAGUAUGGAUACUGAAAAAUCAAGAGUAAAGCUCAAGCAGGUUGAGGAGGAGCUUGCUGCUUAUCCUGAACCCAGACUGCCCCUCCCCUGUAUGUCCAACCUCUCCAGCAAAGAACAGAAGACCUAUCUUGGCUUUUUGAUGAAUAAAACAAUAAGAGAUACUCCACAGAACUUGCAGGCACGCGUAAACAAUGAAGUGAUGCAGUUCAUGAGUUACCUGCAAGAUGUUGCCAAAAUAUGUGCGGACGACUACAACUUCAUAUCACAGGGAGCAAUGCAAUAUUCAGAGGAGUUCUUAAGGGGGUGUUUGGAUCACAUUAAGACAUUUCCGGAGCUCUAUCAGAUCUAUGAGAUGACUAGUUUGACAGGCGGAACAUUCAACCCAGGGCUGCAGCUGACCUUUGAGAAACAGCUCCUGAUCAUGGGCAAUGUGGAUAUCACAGACCACAAGAUAGUGCCUGCUGAUGCACAGCUUGCAUCGGAUUAUCACAGUGUUUCAUCAGAGAAUCCUCCAGCUAAAAAAGCCAGGGACAUGCACGCUAAAAUCAGCACUGAUAGUAAUGCCCAGAGCCUGUCUGCCCAUUAUGAGCCUGAAGUGUGUCUGACUCGAGAUGCCCUUCUCAGGCUGCUAGACAACCAUGGCCCUGACUUUGGAGAGCAAUGGGAACUGCCCGUUUGGGUCAAAUUAAACCCAGAAAAAGGCAGUAGUCAGAAGAAGACUGUGUACAUCGAGUCACCCCUUCUGCAGACUGAAAUGAAAGUGAGAGAGAGGUCGCAUAUCUACCAUGAGGAGAGUCUGAAGCUGUCCUUCAAGAAGGAUGGAAGUAAAAAUGUGUUCCAUUUAUUGACGGAGCUUCCUGAGGAUGACCAGCAACUCCCUCCAAGGCACUCAGAAAGAAACGUAGUGUCUUCUGGAAACAAUGGUCUUGACUUUGAGAUGGACCUCAGUGACCUGGAGACAUUUGGAGAGGCGGCCCCCAUUAAACCCCCCAAGAUGCAGAAGGAGAAAAAUGCACGUGUUAAAAGUUUAAAAGCUCCAGGUUCUCCAUCUUUAGAUAAGACAAAAAAGUCAAGUGAGCAUCUUGUAAACACUGGCAGCGGUUCACAGGAAGAGAUGAACUCCUCAUCGGCAGAUGUGACCGGUCCCAUGAAAGAGGAGACUACCCAGCCAGUCGCGAAUCACACCAUGACCCCAAAACCUGAUCAAAUGAGUUCGGACUCUGGUCAACAAAGUGAUGAAAACUGUCCUUUUCUAGGAGACUCUGAUGAGGAGAAGCUGGUCAUCGAUGACUCUGUGUCUCCAACUAACACGCGGACCGCAUCACGCUCUGCAGACCCCCCGAUAAUCCCCGUCUCCGAGUCUGAAACUGUAAAUCUGGACUCAUUGUCCCCUCAAAAGGGGAAAAAGCAGAGGCGACUAUCCAAAAGAGCGAAGGUAUCUGGCGACCAGCUGGGUGAUAUCCUCCGCAUGCAGACUGCCAUGUUUAACUCCCCCGGUGAAGCCAAAGGCUCCACCAAAUCCCAGGAGAUCAACUCACCCACCCGAUGUGUGGGACCCUCGGUUCACUCCCAUCCAACGUCUCUGGUGAAGCCCUGUGUGUCCUCAUAUUUGGAGAGAAACCAGAACCAGGAUGGGGAGACAUGUGCUGCUCCUCACGUGUCUGCCCCGGUGGUCAACAUUACCACUACAGGGCAUAAAAAAAUUCUGUCACAGGUCUUACAGGCUGGUGCGGAGGAUGAACAAGAUUACACGGCUCCAGAGGAGGGCAACCUGCUCUAUAAGCUCUACAGUCUGCAAGAGCUGCUGCUCAUGGUGCGCAGCUCUGUCUCACUGACCCAUACCCGAAAAGUGGGCCAAAAGGGCCAAAACCAGUUUGUGCCAGUGCAUGUUUUACCCAAGCUGGAGUACCAGUUGAAUUAUGGUGUUGAGUGUCUGAGCAGCAGUGAGGCUUGCCAGCUGUGGACGGAGACGUUGCUCCACUCCAGCACUGUGUCCUACAUCGCUCACAUCAAUGCGCACACAUCAAAAGUAGCUCUGCUGAGAAAGCUGAAUGUCGACUGGAAGCAGAACAUCUCGUGUGGCUUCAAGCCAUCCAAGUCCCUGAAUAUACUGCACCACCUCCUGAAAAAGCUCACUGGGUUAGAGGAAGGACGGUACCUGAUUGCGCACAAGGCAGGGGAACCCUUCGUGACCUUAUUAAAAGAGGCUAAUGGGAAAGGGAGUCGGGGGGCGUACAACCUGCAGCAGCUCCACAGCGCAGUCCCCCAGCGCCCGGCCUCUGGCCUCGUGCCCUGGAUACCUGUUGAUCCAGCGGUGGUCCUGCCCUUCCACCAGAAACACAGCCGUGUGCCCUGCACCUUCCCUCCUAAACUCUCCAUAAAGACAGAAAAUAAUGGGUCAUCACAGUCCAAUAGCCAUGGAGCUGAGCAGUCAAAGAACAAAUCGAAUGCAGGAGUCAACAAGAAGAAGAAGCAAAAGAAACGUGCGUCCAGGCGCAACAAGUAUAUAAAGAAGCUAGUUCAGAAAUCCUUUUGAGUUCUAUAUUUUCAUAUAAGGCGUGUUUGAUGAGGGGCUGGACCUGCACUGCUAAGGAAAGGAAACAAGACCACUUCAAUCUAUAAUUUCAUACUGAAAAUACAUCAUGGCAUAAAUAUAUAUGUGAAUGCUGAAGCACUUUGACAGUAGAGAAAAUAUACCUUUUAUAUUUUGCUUUUCUUUGGAGACAUGUAUAUUAUGUUCAUCGUUAUGUUUUGUGAAAACAAUAAACCUUUGUUUUUAGUAUC